CCAGAUGAGAAGAAAGCCAUGCCAUGGGGCCUUCCGCCCCUGCGCUCCGAAGCCAUCCUUAAGCAGCGGCAGCAGCAGCAGCAGCAGAAGUUGAUGCUGCUGCUGCAAGAAGGGACAGCAUGUGCGCUGAUAUCGAGCACAGAAAAGCAGUCACAGCCCUCCGACUACUAUCUGUAUGAGCAAGAGAAGAGAAGCCAGUCGCCUGUACCUGAAUCCUACUCUGUCAAUUACCUUGACGAUCACACCCACGCGCACACCAAGGGCUACACGUCGCUUCUCCCCCAGCAGCGCCACACCUCGGAUAUCAUGAGUAUGCGUAAGCGCAUGGCCAUUUUUGGCCUAGGCAUGUCCAUGAUGGCGGCUGCCGUCCUGUACAUUCGUUUUGUCAUGUAUGACCCUCGGGUCAUUGAUCCGGGAACUUUCUCGCCAACGACUCUGGGCACCAACCCUGAUACUCUGGAAGCUGUCACUUGGCUUCUCGAUGCCGGAUUCGAUGAGGGAAACACUGUGGCGUGGGACCGGCUGGCCGAGAUGACUGACAUGUAUGGCAACCGCAUGACAGCCAGCAAAGGUUAUGAUCUGAGCGCGCAGUGGGUUGUGCGUACAAUCCAGGAGCAGGACAAGAACCUGACCGCGUACACCGAGCCCGUGUGGGUCAACGAUUGGCAGAGAGGCCACGAGUCCCUAGUGCUCUAUGUCCCCACCAGGCCCGGCGGUCAGGUCGAUAUCCCGCUUCUCGGACUAGGCAACUCUGUGGGCACCCCUUCGGGCGGCAUAGAGGCCAAUGUCGUGCCUGUGCACUCCUUUGAAGAGCUGCGCAAGCUGGGCAACGAGAGCAUAGCUGGACACGUUGUUCUCUACAACUACUACUAUACAGACUACGGGACUGCAGUGAAAUUCCGGAGUCGCGGAGCUGUGGAGGCCGAAAAGUUUGGUGCCGUGGGUGUGCUCGUUCGCACGGUGGCUCCAGAUACGUCCUUUGAUUCCAUCCACACGGGGAGUUCUGCGCGGGCAAGCAUCCCGGCGGCAUCCAUUUCCGCCGCAGACGCCAAUCUCAUUGAGCGGCUUUACCGCAGAUCGCAGUCCCCACAGGCAUCCUCUGACCACCUUGCCCCACGGAUCCGCUUGAGCAUGGAGGCACAGCUGCGCAAGGAUGCCAAGCAGUCAGACAAUAUUAUUGUUGAUUUUCCUGGAACGGAGAAGAGCGAGGAGGUGGUUUUGCUCAGCGGACACUUCGACUCGUGGGAUGUCGGUGUCGGUGCAAUGGAUGAUGGCGCCGGGGCUUUUGUCUCAUGGGAGGCAGCACGCUUGAUUGCGCUUAAUGGCCGGCGGCCGCGGCGUACUAUCCGCGUGGUUAUGUGGAACAACGAGGAGACGCUGCAGAGAGGCGCUCGCGCGUACUUUGAGAAGCACCGCGAGGAGAUCCACCUGCACAAGUUUGCCAUCGAGAGCGAUAUCGGCGUGUUUGAGCCCUGGGGUUUGACCGUUCAAGCUGACAAGGCGAUGACGACGAACCUGAGAAACUAUGGCGUGGAUUUGAUCAAGAUCCUGGGCGCUGGCAAUGUGACGACCCCUGAGGUUGAGGGGCCCGGCGAGGAUAUCCGGGUGCUGUGUGAUCACGGCGUGCCCUGCGCCGGGCUUCUUUCGCUGAACCCGGAGAAUGGCGCUGUGCCAGGAGACGACAAAUGGACGGAGCAUUACUUCCGCUACCAUCACGCUUCCAGCGACCGGAUGGAGGUCAUUGACAAACACCAGCUCCGGCGCAGUGCGGCUGCGCUGGCUGCUUGGGCAUACCUCAUUGCCGACCUGCCCUGAGCUGUGGCUUUUCUUCUUUUUGUAUUGGGUUUAAAUAUAGAUAUGAUCCAUUCUGUUGACUAGAUCUACAGCACCCUCGUUAUCCCUGUCUGUGGCUUUGGCUCCCGAGUUGGUGUGAAAGUCCUUGGCCUUUUGCUUUUUCAGCUUGGCCAGCUCCUUUUGUUUCUUUUUGGAUUCUGCCUUUUUCUGUCUGGCCGCGCCCUUUUGGUGCUUGGGUUUUGUUUCUGCUGGUUCCUUGACAGGUUCCUGCUCUUGCUCUGGUUGUGGUUCUGAAUCUUGAAUGGCAUCUGUUUUUGGUCCUUGCUCUUGCCCUUGCUCUUGCCCUUGCUCUUGCUUUUGCUC